AUGACGCCCAUGAUGCUGCUCCGGGGUGCUGUGCAGCGCGAGAGAGCCGCUCUCCUCGUUGUGGCGCUAACCCUGUGCCUGCUCCUGCCGCCCGUGCGUGGCGCGGACUCGCCGUUCACCCACUACAGCGCCGUGCAGAGGGAGAACACGCGCAAGUUCCUGCAGGCCUUCGUGGACGCGAACCCGCUGCUCGAGAAGCUGCCGUCAGUGGACUUCUGCGAGUGGGUCUACUGCGAGUGCACGAGCAAGGGCGUGGACCUGUACCUGGAUGAGAGAGCCAUGGUGCAGCUGCCGGAGCUGUCCUCUGGCACUGCUGGCAAGUAUGUGCUGGUCACUUCCAUCACUCUCAGCUACGGCAAGGACACAUUGAAGGGCACGCUGCCGGCGAGCUGGGGGAGCCUGACGCGCAUCGAGUACGUCUCGCUGUACUCGAACUCGCUGACGGGCACCCUGCCGCCGGAGUGGGCGCAGAUGAAGGCGGCGAAGUGGUUCCUGCUGUACCGCAACGAGCUGACGGGCACCAUUCCGGAGGCGUGGAGCAGUCUGCGCUACAUGACGUGGGCGUGCCUGGACGACAACAAUCUGACCGGAACACUCCCCUCGUCGUGGGGCAGCGCACCGCAGCUGGCGAUCAUCGAGGCCCGGAGAAAUCGGCUGACCGGGACAUUGCCGCCGACGUGGGGGAGUCUGCGGAAGCUCAGCUCCAUCACGCUGACGGAGAACAAUCUGACCGGGUCCCUUCCAGCGGAGUGGGUGUCUGCCCAGACGCUGUACGGUGUGUCCGUGGAUCGCAACAACCUGUGCGGCUGUGUUCCGAGCGCGUGGGUGUCUCACACUUUUCCCUAUGGUAUGAGGGUCGACGGCAGCCUCUUGGCCGCCGAUUGCUCGACAGCCAACGCGUGCACCCCUUAG